GUAGCGGAAGUUGUAGCUAGCUUGAUUCCGGUCAAAGUUCGCCGCCCAGUCCGACAAAAAAUCAUAAAACUAACAGAAAAAUCACGAUUAUAAAGCCUGUCAGUGACGGUGAGGUGUCUGCGGCAGCUGUGGAGAAGUUACACAUGUGGCUAAGAAACUUUAAACACAUCUAAGUUUAACCUUAUUUAACCUUAGAGCCGACUGGAGUUCGAAGCUAACGUUGGCUAAUUAGCUUUGUUAUGAUCCCUGAGUAGCUAACAGGAUUAGCUCUUUGGGCUAAAGGUGGUGAAAUGAGCACCUGGUCGAGCCGCUCCGUGGAGCUGUAAAGAGGUUGUCCACCAGGGAGCGCUGACAGGAUAAUUUUCCAGCUGUAUAAUGUCACUCGGAUGCUCCAGGGGCCAUACGGCAGCCUGGACCGGGACCGGCCCCUCAUCCGGCUCCCCUUCACCAGCUUCGCCGUGGGGACGGUCCUGCUGCCUCUGACCGGCCUCAUCGCCUGCCUCUUCCUUUCAAUCAUGUACCACUUUGAAGACGCGACGUUCACACACUGUCGUGUAUCAAACUACCUCCCGUCCAUCAGCGCCGCCAUCAGCCGCGUGCCGGAGCGCUACAUCUGGCGCUGCUGCAUCGGCCUGCACUCGGCGCCGCGCUACAUGGUGGCCGUCGCCUACUUCAGCUUCUACCGCGCCCGCUUCCCCCAGCGGCUGCCGGAGCUGCUGCUGAGCGGGCUGGCGCUCCUCUGCAGCCUCUCCGAAAACACCGGCCUGCUGCUGCUCACAUACGUGGCGUCCACCGAAACCUACAGUGUUCAUAAAAACGGUUUCAUCGUGUUCAUAGGAAGCUCGCUGCUGCACAUGCUCAUUACAUGCAGACUUUGGUACGUGAUCAAGAGAAACUACGGGAGCCCAGAGGAAAUGACAUCAUAUCGUUGGAAGGUGCGUCUCUUCCUGUUUAACGUCAGCUGUUGUCUGGCCGCCGCGUACUUCUUCAGGCGCCACAACAAGUUCUGUGAAACCGGAGUCUACACGCUGUUCGCCCUCUUCGAGUACCUGGUGGUCCUCUCCAACAUGGCCUUCCACAUGACGGCCUUCUGGGACUUCGGGAGCAAAGAGGUGAUCGUGGCCACGCCGCCGGAGGACAAGCGAUACUGAGCAGCGGCCUCGCCCGUUUGGACUUUUUGUUUUAAAGGAAUCCACCAACGACGCACCAGGAAGCCGGUCUGAACUUUGUGUGACGUGUGAACACGCCGUGCGGCCUCAUGAACAUUAUGCGACACUGAUGCCUUUUGUCAGCAGGUGAGAUUUAACUUCCUGUCAUUCCAACAACACCUGUGUUCUUCUACCUGCUCAGGAAGCAGCUUCACCGUCUUGGGACCGAUUCACUAAUGGUUUUUAAACACCGCUUCAGCAGCGACGGCACAACAGUUUCUACCCAAACUCACUGAGAACAUAUUUGUCAACAUAAAAUAAAGAAAGUACCUUUUAAAAACGUCA